AUGACCGCACCUGUCUUGACGAGCAUUGUUCCUGGGGCUGGACCUCUUCAUGCAUCAGCUUACUUUGUGAGACUCUAUCUGCCUUUGGAGUUUCAAGCCAGCCCGCCACUUCCCCUUCCCGAACUUAACCUGAAGCCUGACUCCUGGUUUAGUCAUUGCAUUGCUGUGAGGAAGUUCUCUGGAUUUGCUAGGGACAGCAAUGUUGUCAAAGAAGCUGAGAAAUUGGCCAUCAGCUUGAGCAAAUCUCCUUGGGCAAAUUCUACUUCUGAUAGUAAAUCUGCUUACUCGAUUGCACAGUACAACAGUCCUUUCCGAUUUCUGGGACGCCAGAAUGAGGUCUGGGUUGAUAUUGUGGGAUCUGAAGCAAACGGCUGCAAGUCUAAACUAUUGGCAUCAUACUGA